CCACUGUAUCCGAUACUUUGCACAUUGCACGUGGUGAUGUAAGGCUUAGAUGCAGCUGCUAGGCCAUGGAAUCCCAGUCCAUGAGGCUCUCUAUGCACUGUUGUGCUAAUCUGAAGGCCACACGAAGUUUGGAGGUCUUUAGCUAUUGUCUCUGCAGACAGUUGGCGACUUCUUGGCACUGUGCGCUUCAGAAUACACUGACCUCGCACUGUCAGUUUACUGGCCUACCACUUCGUGGCUGAGUUGCUGUUGUUCCCAGUUGCUUCCAUUUUGUUAUAGUUCCACUAAUGUUUGAUCUUGGAAUAUUUAGUAGCAAGGAAAUUUCAUGGAUGGACUUAUUGCACAGGUGGCAACCUAUCACGGUACCACGCUUGAAUUCACUGAGCUCCUGAGAGCGACCCAUUCUUUCACAAAUGUUUGUAGAAGCAGUCUGCAU